AUGGUUCAAAGUUUCCAUCCGGGGUUGAAUUCGUUCUUCAUCAGAUUGUAUCAGAUUGUGGAUGAUCCUUCGUUGGAUUCAAUCGUCUCGUGGAGCGAAACCAACGAUAGUUUCGUCUUAUGGGAUCUAGGAGGGUUUCGCACAAGGAUUCUUCCGAAAUCUGCAGAGUUUGGUAGGAACAUCUCUGAGUUUGUGUCCGAGCUUCGCUAUCAAGGGUUCAAACAAAUCGGAAGAUCUGAAUUUGGACGCCAAGAUUUCGUCAAGAGUAAGCUUUUGAAGAAGAAGGUGGAGAUGUUUGAUGCGAACGUCAAGCAAAGAAAUCUAAAGCUAAGGCAAAGAAAGCAAGAAAACAAGUCGAGAAUCUCUUUCAAAAUUUGCAAAUUUGAAUCUCUCUGUCUUUAA